AUGCGGACACUGACUGUCCAAGUGGAGAGUCAUCUAACAGAGUCUGGAUCAGAAGCGCCUUUCGUCUUGGAUUUGGAUCACAAGGUAGGCGGUGAGCGUACCGCCUCAGUGGGAGGCGGGCCACCCGUUAUCGUUGUUUGCGGGCCCGGUAACAGCGGCAAGUCUUUGUUCUCUCGCACUCUCCUCAAUACUCUCUUGAAGAGGUACAAGAAGGUAGGCUAUUUGGAUACAGAUGUGGGUCAGCCGGAGUUCAAUACUCCUGGUUGUGUCUCCCUUCACAUAAUCGAUAAGCCAACACAUGACCUCACAAUUCUCUGCUUGAAGACUCCAGAGAAGUGCUUCUUCUAUGGUGAUGUAAAUUGCCAGAAGGACAAAAAUGUUUAUCUGAAUAGUAUCCUCAGUCUAUAUGAUUAUUUUCAUGAGGAGUUUUAUCAACCUAAUGAGAUUAAUGAUCCUGGGAGAAAAAUGAUGCCUCUUGUAGUGAACACAUCGGGAUGGGUGAAAGGUGCUGGCUAUGAUCUCUUGGUGAAAAUGCUGAGGCACAUAUCUCCAACUCACGUAGUUCAAAUUCGCGUCUCUGCAGAGAGCAAAAAUCUACCCAAAGGGUUGUUUUGGUUGGAUGAGAAUCACCAGAGAUCGAGUAACUCAAUUGAAAUUUGUGCUGCAGUAAAGGACUCUUCUAGUGUGUCAAUGCGCAAGGAUGCUGCACAUGUUCUCAGAGACGUUCGUAUAAUUGCAUACUUUAGGCAGUGUCUUCCACAAGAGCUAGCCAUUGCAACAUACAAAGAUCUUGUUCGUAAUUUGGCUUCUGCUCCUGCUCAUGAAAUCUCUCUUUCAAGAAUCAGAGUUAUUGAACUCCACUGUGAGGGCAAUGAUAACAUUUCUCACAGUUUGAAAGCUAAGAUUGUUGGCUUAGGAAUCAGUACUUCAGUCCCUCCUUCGCCUGCGAACGCCUCAUCGAAUUGUGUUGGACUUGGAUUUGUCAGAGCUGAAGAUGUUUCGAAGGAUCUAAUGUAUGUUAUUACGCCUGUGCCCCUUCGCAUUCUGGAGAAGGUGGACAUUAUUUUAAAAGGUUGUAUCGAAGCUCCUGCUUGUUUAUUACAGGUACAAGAAAUAGAUGCCACUGAUAGCUAGAAGAGAGAAAUAAGUUUCCAUCUCCUCUCUACUUAGCAAAAGCAUCAAGAUUGCAAGGGAAAAUGAAUACGGAAUGAAAGAAGAAAAGAUCACAGAGAAAUUGGUUUGCACUAGUUUUAGGUUAUACCUACCAGGAGAGAAGUCUCUUUGCUUUAGAUUCCUGGAAUUAUUCGAACUUGCAAUAUUUCUAUUUCAAGAUGUUUCUGCAUUAGUCAAAGUGAUGACAUUGUUUCCACUUCUUUUCAUCUCUCUCAAU